UUGGCAGUCCGCGCUGAUAUAUUGACAUACACAUGGCCUCGUUGUGAACGCGCUGCCGUACAGUGUGCCAAGCCGGAUAUUGGAGCUUUCAAGCGAAUGGAUCACGACCACAGUGCGUUGCGUGCGAUCCCGGAACAUACAACAUGAAGCGCAACUCAACAUGCAAAUCGUGCCCCCAAGGCGCCAUUUGCAAUGGAGAGAGCGACGUGCGGCCUCUUGCAAACUACUGGAUGGAUCCAAGCAUCAAAGAUGUUGCCAGCGCCUUCCUUGAGUGUCAGUUUGAAGGACCGUGCUGUCCCAACGGAAACUGCACAUCCGACCAGGCUUGCAAGCCUGGAUUCACCGGGCCUCUGUGCGCGCAGUGUGAAGCAACUGCUCCCUAUCAAUGGGGCGGGGGUUGUUUCUCCUGCAGCUCAUCCAGCCCUGGCUGGCCAACGCUUGCGUUUCUGUUGGUGUUCUUGGGCACAGGGCUGUACUAUUUCCUCCCAAAACUUGAGGGCUUCUUUGUGUCUGAUUUGGCCGUUUUCUACCAAGUCUCGCGAUAUUUGGUUAGCCUGGCAAACCCAUUCAUGCCUCUCUAUGGCCUGUCAUGGUGCAUCAUGCCCAUCAACGACGCCACUAAGUUAUCCUUGAAUCUGGGAUUGCCAUUCAUUUUGGCCGCUAUGCUGAGCCUUUGGUAUGGCUUCGACUUGGCAUUGGCCACCUGGAAGCGAUUCAUGGCCGAGAGCCAAGAGUCCGGUGCGACUCCUGUGCCGGGCUGGCUCUACACAUCCAAGAAGCACCAAAACGCAGUCACCUCCGCUCUUGGGCUGUUUUUACUUUGCUACACGCCGCUGGUGUCGAUAUGCUUUACGCUCUUUUCAUGCCGGUCCGCCAACCAGCUGAGUCUCUUGACCUUUCAGCCCGGAGUUGGCUGCUGGAAUGGCCCUCAUAUUGCGAUGCUGAGCGUUGGGGUUAUCGUGCUGGCGGCAAUCAUCAUUGCCGUGCCUGUUGUCAUAUUGCUGAAAACGUACAGACAGGAACUCGUCGACCCACGCAAACAACAAGGCUUUAUCGGAGCCAUUCUUGCGCCGUUUCGGCUGAGAUAUAUUUGGUACAUCCAUGUGUUUUUGUUUGAGCGGUUUCUGAUUCCGUUGAUACGGAUCUCGUACGGAGUCGAUGAAUGGAACCAGACCAUUUCUCUGUUCUUUUUGAUAUGGGUUUGGCUGAUGCCAUGGGCAUUCUUGCAGCCGUAUACGUCUGUGAUCGACAACACCUUGAAGGUCGGAACACAUCUGUGCGCUCUCGGUCUGUGCUCGCUCAAGCUGGUGCGAAUUGCAUCGUCAGAGAACCCCAUCAAUCUGAACAUGGGCAACUCGGCCCUGCUCGUGUCCUGGAACGACACAGUCCUCUGGGAAUGUGUGUUUUUGCUUGCACCACUACUUUUGCUGCCUUACAAGAUCUUCCAGGCAAAGUACCCCAUUCUUGCCCGCAAUAUCGAGGGACGCUCUGAAGACAAGGGGCCAGAGGCGGCGGAGGAUGCGAACCCAAAGUCGGCUCGCUUCAAAAGCACAGGCGGCAAUCUGAACUAGUAGACGCACCCACAGCCUCGACUGCGUCUCGCACGCUGUCGCAAUCAUGCACCAAGCUUGGAGGCUGUGUGAACUUGCGACUCGCCCGUAUU